AUGGCAAAGCUGUCCUUCGAUGUCCAGGGUUGUGCACCGUACCAGCCCACUUUAACAUCUGCGUCACAGUGGGAUGGAUCAGUAGUCGGCCAGCUAUUCCACAAACUCAUCUGCUGUACUGGCUUUAUACCUAUUGCCGCGCCAGUACCCAAGUUCACACACACAUCCGUUCCUGGAGCCUCGCCAGCAGCACCUACGUCAGUAUCACUAGACUCAACUUCUGCUCCUGAUGAGGACGAAGACAUGUCUCCCCUACCCAUCACACGCUCGCGACCCUUGUUAUACACCCCUGAAGGGCAGUCCACUGAUGCCCGCACCCUUGCACGCAGACAUGUCUAUGACAUGCGCUACCUCGGACCUGCACGCAUGUGGGGUCCCUUCCAACCCGUGCGACGCAACAUCACCGAUUCACCCGAGUCAAACCAUCUUGAAAUAUUGGGUGAAGAGGAGAACGAAGACGAUGACGAGGACGAGGACGAUGACGACUUGGGUCUGAUGCACUUUGGACUGAUGCAUGGGCACCGCGUUCCUGAUGUGGAUCCACCGAUCGAGCUGUAUGAGCUCGUACCGGACUAUGUGUGGCUUGCGUCUGCGCGUAUCACAUUAUCAAGAAGUUUUACCACAUCAGUUUUCUGCAUGGUGGUGUUACAUCGUAUCGUAUGGUGGUGUUACAUGAACUUGUGUGUGGUCUAA